AUGGCCCCAGUUUAUGACAGUCAUAUUGACAUUGAAGGCUGUCGCUCGAUGCAAAAGGAGGAGUUCGAAGUGCUAGAGUCUAUUUACCCAGAAUACAUCUCUAGUCAGACCCAGGAGGCCAUCAUAAGACUAGAAGUUCCCGUCGAAUUCGGCAGCUCUACAUCAGUAAUAAUCUCAGAACCUCCUUCCCCCCAGCGAUCUGCCCACGAACUCUCGACGAAGAAGCCAACGGUCCAAACCGUCUCACUAGCCGUGCUACCCCCUCUUCUGCUUCAUAUCGCUCUACCACCUUCCUAUCCUUUAUUUGACCCUCCUCGAAUUAACUCUAUCCGAGCAACACAUGUCUGGUUGCCAAACGCCACGUUAUUACUCCACGAAGCACUUGUCGAGAUGUGGCAAGCGGGCGAACCUGUCCUUUAUAACUGGAUAGAGUACAUCCGGACUGGGGAGUUCCUAGCGAAGCUGAACCUAAGGUCUUCAAGCCACGAUGACCUUGUUCUCCUCUCUCACCCGGCGCCGAGAGUGCUAACCCCGCUCUUAAUAGCGUACGACGAGUCAUCACAGUCUAAUCGAUUCUCCCAGAAUUCUUUUCCAUGCUCCAUCUGUCUUACCUGCUUGAAAGGAUCCAAGUGCUUGCAAUUGGCAUGCAAACACAUAUUUUGUCGUUCAUGCCUUGAAGACUUUUGGAACAUGUGCAUCGAGGAAGGGGACAUAAGUCGUGUCGGAUGUGCUGACCAGGAGUGCGUGAAGAAAGGAAGUGAAGCAAAUGAAGAGGACGUCGCCAGGAUUGUCUCCCAAGCUAACUUGGAGAGGUGGAGAUGGCUCAAGGAGAAACGAUCCUACGAACGAGAUCCUACGAUCGUGCACUGUCCUGUUGCCGUCUGUCAAGCACCUGUUCCUAAACCCAGUGAUGUCGAGAGUGAAUCGGGUUGGAAUAGAUUGAGGGAAUGCCCUCGGUGUAAUUUCACUUUCUGUGCCUUUUGUAGACGCACAUGGCAUGGCCCCCUUGAUAAAUGCCCUAUUGCACAGUAUGAAGAUCUUGCGUUGGAAUACAUCAAUGCGAAAGAGGGCAGCGCAUCACGCUCGACACUUGAGUGGCGAUUCGGCAGGGCCAACAUUCUGCGACUGGUCGCGACCUAUCGAGAAGAGAAAGCUAAUCUGGAGUGGUUCAAGUCUUCCACGACGAUGUGUCCUGGUUGUCGAUGUUUCAUCGAGAAGACGAUGGGGUGCAAUCAUAUGACGUGCUGGAAGUGUUCGCAGCAUUUCUGCUAUCGCUGUGGAGAUCGCCUGAAUCCCGACCAUCCAUACACGCAUUUCUCGAAUGCGCAAACGCCCUGUUACAACCAGCUGUUCGACGUCAUCGACGUUGAUCCAGAGGAUUGGGAGCCUAUUGUAGAAUAG